AUGAAGAAAAAAUCUCUGACAGGAGUCGACCCAAUGUUGAUCGAAGGCAAGUACUUUCAACCCGAUUGUUUACCUCCAGUAGAAUCAACAGAUUUACUUUUUUACCUGGUGUUAGAAACAAGCUACUACACAAAGCAGCAGUUUAAAGCAUUUCGAAGCCUCGAAGCUUACAAUCAAAUGGUGUGUGGCUUUAUUAUGGGUGUACAAGGGCAUAUGAUGGGAGGCAAGUGACAAUCAAAUCAAAGCCAUGUGCAAGUGACAGACUUCUAAAAUGCCUCAUCAAGUCUUGUAACAAUGGCAAAUUUUUUCAUCUUACCUGCCUAAAAUACAAGAGGAUGCCAAAUAACAGUCAGACCACAUGGAUUUGCCCUGGAUAUCGCAAAAGCAGCAAUAUUACAAAAUCCUCCAAAAAUAAAGAUGAUAUUACUUUUGUUAAGGUUGUCCACAACCCACCUGAGAAAUACAAGAUUAUUGAACACCUAAGUCAAAAACAGUUUGAAAUCAUCAUGUCUCCCACAGGUUGGUUAGAUUGUACCACUGUACAAUCAUUGCUUAAACUCUUUUUGAGCAACAUCAACCAAACAAUAAAAAGAUUUCAAAGACCAACACUUGACACUUGUAAACAGUUUGACAUCAUUGUGCGUGGGGUAGUUCCUCGGGUAGAGGAGAACUGGUCAAGUGAUCAGCUAGUUGUGUUGUUUGUGGCAUCAGAUAUAACCCAAUCCCUAUCUCUAAGCCUAAUCCUUACCCUAACCUCAACACUAAUCACUAUAACUAACUGAUGACUGACUGAGUGUUUGAAGAAUAGAAGCAUGCAGCUUUUUUCCAACAGUUUAGAAAACUAUUCUGAUGAUUUAUGGUACGAAAUAUAUCAAAUUCAAAACAUAACUUUGUUAUAAAUAUGUGAACUUUUACAUUUUAUCAUACAUGAUCGUAUAGAACCCCCCAGAUCUCUACAUGGAAUUUCCAACACCCUGUUUCCUACCAUGGAAACUCCUUUUUUAUUCUAUUUAGGCAGACCUGUCGCUCAGAAAUUAAGUGGUGAACACAAUGGCAGGUGA